AUGAAGCUUCAAGAUCGAUUUACGUCAUUUGAAGAAUUCGAAAACAGCUUUGGGAUCUACAAAGACACGAAUUUCGUAGAUUAUUUUAUUAAAGACUGUAAGACCUUAGCCUCCAUUAAUACAAAAUUCCCAAAUGGAAGCUACAAACAUAAAAAUACACUAAACCAACGUUCCACAUCUACAAUGCGCCAAAGCUGUGAAGCUGGCAUAUAUUUGAAAGCGUCAGAUGAUGGAAAAGCCCUGGUAAUAACAAAAAUGACAGAGGACUACAACCAUGAGGUUUCCCAGUUAUUAUAUAGUCAUCUUCCUAAUCAAAGAAAAAUCACACCCGAAAGUAAGGCAAUUGUAUUGGAGCUAAUGGACCUUAAGGCAAAUAAAAAAAUGAUCCAACAUAAAAUAAUGAAUGAAAGUGGAAAAAUUGUUACCUUGAAAGAUUUAUCAAACAUCCAUAUGUUCGAAUGCUUAUUUUCAACAAAUUCAAAUUUAAUUGAAGAUGAAGAAUUAUCAUUUAAACAAUUGGAAGAAUUUUAUAGUCCUGAUCUUCCAAAAUCUGGUCUCCAAGCACUUAUUAUGUGUGAUGAACAAAUUUAUCCCAACAUAUAUUUGUUCUCAAAAAUAUUAUGUACAUUGCCAGUCUCGACCACUUUACCAGAGCGUAUGCUUUAUACUUUAAAAAGAGUAAAAACUUAUCUCAGAAACACAAUGGGUCAGGAACGAUUGAAUGGACUUACAAUGUUAUCAGUGCAUCGGGACAUUAAGUUGAACCCCGAUGACAUACUGGAUAUUUUUGAGAAAAAAGGAAAACUUGAAAUAAUAUUAUAA